AUGGCGAAUAGCAAAAUGGAAACACACAGUGGUGCAUUUGAAUGUUUGACUCUUAUUUCGGAACGCAAACUUUAUUACUUAUCGAAUGAGCAAAUCGAGAAGAAUAUCAACGAGCGCGGUUAUAAGAAUGAUACAUCGCUUAAGAAUGUGUCAUAUUCGGAUUUGUCACCUCGAGUUUAUGAAGGCGGAUUAAAAAUCUGGGAAGGAUGCGUUGAUUUGUGUAAUUAUAUUGAUUCAACGCCCGACCAAGUUGUGUUUAUUGAUAAAGUUGUACUCGAAAUUGGUUGCGGUGCAGGUCUUCCAGCAAUUUUAGCGUUACAGAAGGGUGCGAAAGAAGUUUUCGCUCAAGAUUUUAAUCAAGUAGUUAUUGAUUGUUUCACGAAGGACAAUUUUGCACUAAAUAAUGUAAAAGUUGGUAAAUAUCGAUUCUUUGCUGGCGACUGGAAUGAAUUCAAAGAAAAUCUCGGUGAUCAAAAAUUUGAUAUCGUUCUUUCCUCUGAGACUAUAUAUAAUGAACAGAUGUAUGGGAAAUUUCACGAUCUCCUCGAUACUGCCUUAAAGCCUGAUGGCCUUAUAUUGAUCGCCGCAAAGCUUUAUUAUUUUGGAGUCGGUGGUAAUGUGCCAGGAUUCUUAGAUUAUGUUAAGAAUCGCAAUAAAUUCGAUUUUCACAUCUGUUGGACUAGCGAUAGUGAUGUGCCGCGAAAAAUUAUACAGUUAACACGAAAGAUGGUUCACUGA